CUCGUCUGCGCUGCCGGACGCAGCGCCCCCUGUCACUGACUCUGUCCCUGUCUCGUCUGCGCUGCCGGACGCAGCGCCCCCUGUCACUGACUCUGUCCCUGUCUCGUCUGCGCUGCCGGACGCAGCGCCCCCUGUCACUGACUCUGUCCCUGUCUCGUCUGCGCUGCCGGACGCAGCGCCCCCUGUCUCGGUCUCUGUCUCGACUCCGCUGCCGUACGCAGCGCCCCCUGUCACGGACCCUGUCUCGUCUCCGCUGCCGGACGCAGCGCCCCCUGUCACUGUCUCGUCUCCGCUGCCGGACGCAGCGCCCCCUGUCUCUCCAGCUCCUUCUGUUGCUUCCUCCCCAGCACUGUCAUCCUGUUCGUCUGCCUGGUCCCCUGCCACUGUCUCCAUGUCCUCCCUUGACUCUCUCCCCUACCCUGUGAGUCCUGGCUCGCCCUCAUCUGCUCCCUUGUCUUCCCCUACCACGCCCUGGAACCCUACCUUGCCUCCUUUUGUUCCCCUUACCCAGUCUGCAUCCCCAAGCAAGCCUGUACCCUCCAAGAGCCCCACCAAGUCUGCCCGGACUCCUCGUCCUAAGCCCUCCACCACCCCUGAACCCAAGACCCCUUGCCCACCCAGCUCCACCCUACCUGGACUUCCUCACGUGAACUCUGUUUUGCCUCUGCCCCCCCUCCCUUGUUUGUUGUUUUUAUUGUGUCACCCCAACCCUCUUGUAAUGUUAUCUUGUCUGCCCCUGUGUAUAUUUAUCAUGUUUUCUUGGUGUCUGUCUAUCUGUCAGUCUGUCAUGUCUCGUGUUUAGUGUUCCCCUGGGGAGCGUCUGGAAGCCGCUCCUUAAGGGGGGGAUUCUGUCAUGGUUCUGCCAUCUUGUCCUUUGUUUUAUCUAGUCUUGUGGCAGAACCAUGACAGACCCAUGUUUUGUGUGAGAGCACUGGCUUUGUU